UUCCCUGCUCACGGCCCCGCCGCGUUUGUCUUCCUGCCGACGUCUCCCGGCUAAGGUCUCCCCCUCUGGCUCUGCCCCAGCCCACGUCUCCUUGUCACCGUCGCCCCGCCUUGCGUCGCCAUUUGUCCGCAGUCGCUGAGCAAACAUGUGGGCCGCUCUAAGGUGGCGGCCAGGGCUCCAUCUGGGGCUCCUGAGUGGUGUCCGAGGUCUGCACAGCUCGCCUGUGUCCUGUGGCAAGAACCUGCUCAAGAAAUUCGCUUCGAAAACCAAGAAGAAGUUCUGGUAUGAAGGUCCUUCCUUGGGCUCUCACUUGACCCACAAGUCAUCCCAGUUGGAGUUCCUGACGAAGUGCACCUCUCGGAGAACCCGGAAGGAAGACCAGGUGCGCCUGAGGGCCCUGAACGGUCUCCUCUACAAAGCGCUCACAGACAUGCUGUGCACCCCUGAAGUGAGCCAGGAGUUGUGUGACCUGAACGUGGAGCUCUGCAAGGUCUCUCUGACUUCAGACUUCUCCGCCUGCCGCAUCUUCUGGAGGACGACCCUCUCUGAGGCUCAGAACGCACACACGGAGGCCGUCCUUCGGAGAAGUGCUGCGCACAUGAGGCAUCUUCUGAUGUCUCAGCAGACCCUGAGGAAUGUGCCGCCCAUAGUGUUCGUUCAGGACAAGAAAUAUGCAGCUGUGAUGGAGAUUGAUCGGCUACUGGCAAUUGCUGAUUUUGGACCCCGGGAUGAAAAAGAAGACUUUGUGCAAAGUGACUUCAGCGACCCCGAGUCCCUGGAUGUGGCUUUGCCAAGUGAUACCGUGGGCCCUGCUGCACACUUCAACCUGUGUGGGAUUGACCAUGAGGCACUCAACAAGCAGAUCCUGGAGUACAAGAGGAGAAGAGAGCAAGGGCACAGGAGUGCGGGGCACCUGUGGCCAGAGCACAUGGCUGACGUGAUGAAGCAGAUGAGGAGGAGGAAGGCCAAGCCCCACUUGGACGAUGACCUGUCUCCCAAGAACUAUCUGCAGGGUGGGGAGUGACAAGCCCCUGGACGACUGAGGGGCCUCCUGAGGAGCGCGCCCCAGGGUACGGGUGGGGCUCCAAGAAGCAGAGCAGGAGCUGAGGUGGAGAGAAAGGAUCAGAGGCAGUGGAUCGUGACCUGGCUCCGGGUGUGUGCGCACUGCGAGUGCCGUCUGCACCCUUUGUGCAGUGCUGCAGGGCAGGCCUGUGGGAAGGGUGUAAACCCUCUUGGUGGAUGGUGAGCGGUCAGGCCUCCACGUGUGCACGUUUGCUCACUCACUGGUUUCUCCACAGCCCGCAGAUCUGUGGCUGCUGUGCUCCCCUGGUCUUCCUGGACACGCAGACACUCGAGUCCUGGGAUGCACAGGUGGCCUCUGUUCACAGAUGCACUGCUUUGCCUGCUUCAUUCACCUUGGACUGUAAACGGCUGUCCUCUCUGCAGCUGGGUUAGCCCCACAUUAGUGCCUUUUGAUGGAGAUGUCAGUCCUGGCCCUGAGUUGCUGACGAGUUCUUCUGAGUGUGAGAUUCUGUGCUGUGACUUCUAAAGAGAAUGCAUGUCUUA